GCAAUGCGAUCGUGAGUGAGAGGAGCUUUUUGUCCGCUUGUCUUGUUCUCGUUCGUGGUGGGGUUGCAAUCUGCGAUCUGCUGCACUCCCCCCAUGCCUCUUUUCCUUUCUAUUUCCGUGUCCUUCUUGUCUUUGUUUCGCUGCAAAUCGUCCUCUGUGCAGUUCGCUGUACCUCGUGGACUUCUUUUGGCUUCCCUUCAUUUCUCCGCCAGUUUUUGCCAGUUUUUCUUCGACGUCUGAAAGGGUUGGUUCUAUUCACGGCCUUAUGUCAGGGUUGGUUUCUUCUUCAAUGGUGGUGUCACUCGGCGUUGUGCUGAAGGAGCUCAGGUCUUGACUCUGGCUUUUAAGGAGUCGGGAUAUUUUUGGUUUCGACUGAGCAUCGACUGUCGCUGGGAGGGGUAUUACGAAGCAGGGUGGUCAAGUGGCUCGUGAUUUUGGUUGCGGUGGGAGCUUCGCUAGUGAUUAUGGCAUGAUGCAGCUGAUGCGUUUUGUAGGGAUAUGAUAAAAACAGCACGGGCGGAGGGUGGUGUUUAAGAGGCAGACAGGGUGGUUCUAGCGUGGAGCUUGUGAGGUUGUCGAGCGAGAGAGAGAAAGAGAGCAUGUUUGAGGACAUCUUGCACACAUGAGGAAGAGGAGAAUGCGGCGUGGUAUAUGGAGUGGGGUAGUACCUUCAUAAGUGGACUUGCGUUAGAGGUCACCAUGUGAGACGUUUCGGAGGGUACUUACGGCUUGGUUGCAAAACAUGGAAUCGAGAAGUAGCGUACACAGGGCGGAGCAGUUGUAGUGACCCGAGAGCAAGCUUGCUAUCGAGUCGUCUCCCUGGAACGCUCUUAGCCAUGCCUGGGGAAGUGGCAUGGUGGCGUCCUCUCUUCUUGAUCGCGCUCAUGCCCAUCGGGGUAUUGAGCAACGCGGAAGGCGAUGCUCUCAAUACUUUGCGCCAAAGUUUGAUUGAUAGUAGCAACGUGCUGCAAAGUUGGGAUCCCACUCUUGUAAAUCCCUGCACUUGGUUCCAUGUUACUUGCAAUAACGAGAACAGCGUCAUUCGAGUGGAUUUAGGGAAUGCUGGCCUGUCAGGGUCGUUGGUGCCGCAGCUUGGGGUCCUUACAAAGCUCCAAUACUUGGAGUUAUAUAGUAACAACAUUUCGGGAACAAUACCUAAAGAGCUGGGAAAUAUCACUGCUCUUGUCAGCCUGGAUCUUUAUCAAAACAAUUUCACUGGCCCUAUACCAGAUAGCCUUGGACAGCUGUCUAAUCUGCGGUUUCUUAGACUGAACAACAAUAGUUUGACCGGCCCCAUUCCUGUUUCUCUAACUACCAUCAGUGGACUACAAGUGCUAGAUCUCUCGUACAAUAAGUUAUCUGGAGAUGUUCCUACCAAUGGUUCCUUUUCUCUGUUCACACCCAUCAGUUUUUUGGGAAACAACGAUCUGUGUGGUGCAGUGGUUGGUAAACAAUGUCCUGGUCAGCCCCCAUUCCCACCACCUCCUCCAUUUACACCACCGCCUCCACAAACUCCAAAUGGGGCUUCAGCAAACAAACAACAAACAACUAGCACAGGAGCUAUUGCAGGUGGAGUUGCUGCAGGAGCUGCUUUGCUAUUCGCUGCCCCUGCCAUAGGUUUUGCCUGGUGGCGUCGUCGGAGGCCCAUUGAAGCCUUCUUUGAUGUCCCAGCCGAGGAAGAUCCAGAAGUGCACUUAGGGCAGCUGAAACGAUUUUCUCUAAGGGAGCUGCAGGUGGCAUCCGACAACUUCAACAACAGGAAUAUUCUAGGUCGUGGUGGAUUUGGCAAGGUUUACAAAGGUCGACUAGCAGAUGGGACGCUAGUGGCUAUCAAGCGCCUCAAAGAAGAGCGCAGCCCUGGUGGAGAGCUGCAGUUUCAAACAGAGGUCGAGAUGAUUAGCAUGGCAGUGCACCGAAAUUUGUUACGGCUUCGUGGAUUCUGUAUGACUCCUACGGAACGUUUGCUCGUGUACCCAUACAUGCCAAACGGAAGUGUUGCUUCUCGAUUGCGAGAACGUGUGGAUGGAGAGCCUGCCUUAAGUUGGCGAACCAGGAAGCAAAUUGCGUUGGGAGCUGCUCGGGGGCUGUCGUAUUUACACGACCAUUGUGAUCCAAAAAUUAUUCAUCGUGAUGUGAAGGCCGCCAACAUUCUCUUGGAUGAAGAGUUUGAGGCAGUGGUAGGAGAUUUUGGUCUCGCCAAGCUUAUGGAUUACAAAGACACCCAUGUUACAACUGCAGUGCGAGGGACUAUUGGCCACAUCGCACCUGAGUAUCUUUCCACUGGAAAAUCGUCUGAGAAAACAGAUGUUUUUGGGUUCGGAAUCAUGCUAUUGGAACUUAUCACUGGUCAGCGAGCUUUUGACUUGGCACGUCUGGCCAAUGAUGAUGAUGUCAUGCUCUUGGAUUGGGUGAAGGGAUUGUUAAGGGAACGCAAGGUUGAUCUUCUUGUAGACCCUGAUCUUAAGCAAAAUUAUGAUCAAAAAGAAGUUGAAGAGCUUAUUCAGGUUGCACUGCUCUGCACACAAGGUUCUCCUUUGGACCGGCCAAAAAUGGGCGAUGUUGUGCGUAUGCUCGAAGGUGAUGGACUGGCGGAGCGCUGGGAGGAGUGGCAGAAGGUGGAAGUAGUUCGAAAUCAAGAUUUGGAUUUGCCACCCCACCGAACAUCAGAAUGGAUUGUGGAUUCAACGGAUAAUCUGCAUGCUGUUGAGCUUUCUGGCCCACGAUAGUAUGCAAAGUUGUAGAAAUAUGAUGUCCUGCUGGUAAACGUUCUCGCUACUUUGGAGCCUCUACAUUUGCUCUUAGACAAAGACUUUGGCGUGCAAUCUCACAACUUUGUUGUCACAGUACGCACAUUCCCACAGGAGUUAGAUCUAUUGACCAGGGAGGUUUUCAUUGCGUGUUAGGGCUUGAGGUUUUGAUCGAUGUGGCAGAAGAUUUUGAUGACCUGUCAGAAUUAGUGUGUGAUCAUUCCUACAUGCUCUUGCUCUUAAAUGAGGGUUGAACUUUGUACUAGUAAGGGUGGGACAUUUGAGUUCCACAAAUGCAAGUCCAUGCAUAUUCUGUAGUUAAGUUUUUUAUUAACCUAUUCUAUUAGAAGUUAUUCUGAAAGCACAGGGAUUGAUUUCA